AUGGCCCAGCCCGUAACCAUAGCCCCGGCGAAGCUCGCCCCCGCGCCGCCCAAACUUCCCGCCCUCCCGGCCGACGACCUCUUCUCCGAAGCCCACUGGUCCAUCCUCCUCGCCCUCCUCGACGCCUCCUUCCCCGCCCUCGUCCCCAAGUCCGAGUCGCCCUCCGCCGCUACCGCCGCCGCCGGAAACCGCCGCAACUACCUCGAGCUCCCGGAUGCCGAGGUCGACGCCGCGUACGACCGCGUCGUGGAAUUGUGCGCCAGCGCCGGUCCGGCCCCUACCAAGACAGCGUUCCGGGGUCUCCUUGCCGACCGUGCGUCGGCGCAUCCCGAUUUUCCGACGAACCGGCGCCUGGUUCCUCACCGGCUACUGCACCCCAUCGACCAGCUCCCCGUCCACGUGCGGCACAAGAUCGUGCUCGCCUGGCGCACCUCGUGGAUCGCGCCCCUCCGCGGCUUCGCCAAGACCCUGCAGCAGAUUGCGCAAAAGGCCUACUUCCAAACCAGCCCGCUCUUCCAGCAGCUGUCGACCUACUCCGACGUGCCCGCCGGCUACAAGCCCGGCCCCGCGUUCGAUUUCCAAUUCCUCCAAUUCCCCGCAUCCGACACCGAUACGGUUACCGCCGGCGCCACGCACACCCUCGAGACGGACGUCGUCAUCGUCGGCUCCGGCCCCGGCGGCUCCCUGCCCAUGCCGCAGGCGACGGCGUGCGCCUACAUGUUUGAGGCGCAGGGCAUCAUCACCUCGGAUGACAAGUCCACCUCCGUGCUGGCGGGGUCGUGCUGGGGCGGCGGCGGCACCGUGAACUGGAGCGUGGCGCUGCAGACGCAGGAGUACGUGCGCGAGGAGUGGGCGCGGCCCGAGGGCGAACCUGGCGAACUGGCCGGUGCCGGUGCUGGUGCGGGGAUGCCCUUCUUCACCUCGGACAGGUUCCAAGGGUGUCUGGACCGCGUGUGCGCCGCCAUGGGCGUCUCGGCCGACGGGUGCCGCCACAACCACGCCAACCGCACGCUGCUGGACUCGUGCGCGCAGCUCGGGUGGAAGGCCCGCGCGGCGCCGCAGAACACGGGCGGGAGGGAGCACGCGUGCGGGCAGUGCCAUUUGGGCUGCGGGUCCGGGGAGAAGAUGGGGCCCGCGGUGGCGUAUUUGCCGGCGGCGGCGGCGGCGGGUGCGCGGUUCAUCGAGGGGUUCGAGGUGGAAAAAGUGCUGUUUGAGGAGUGUGCAGAGGAGGGCAAGGAGACGAAGAGGGCGGUCGGGGUGGGUGACGAGGAGGGUGGAGAUUCGGGCGAAGAAGGUGAUUGUGUCGGCGGGAUCGUUGUGGAGUCCGGUGAUUUUGAAGAAGAGUGGUUUAGAGGCGGCAUCAUCACGAGUUACUGCAGUGAAUUCGAGAACCUUGACAACGCCGGCCACGGCGUAAAGCUAGAGCCAACUUGCAUGGUCGUAAGUUCCCCCUCCCUACGCAUGUCUCGCCCCCUCCCCUACACCUCAGCCCUCGAAGCCAAGCUCUCCGCCCUCAAGUACCGCCACAUGAACUCCUUCAUCUCCCUCACCCGCGACCGCGACGCCGGCUCCGUCUCCGUCGAACCCACCACGGGCCAGCCCAGCGGCAUCGUCGCGCUGGCCAAGAUGUGCUACGUCGCCGGCGCCGCCGAAAUCUACGCCUUUGUGCCCUGGCUCGAGCCCUUUGUCCGCGCCGCCGGCUCGGACGCGACGGGUGCCGACGACGAGGAGCCCGGCGAGAAGAAGGAGCACGAGAAGAGCAGCGCCCCACCCUCCACAGCGGCGGCGGUGCAGCGCAUGGACGCCGACGCCGACUUUGCCGCGUGGCUCGCGGAGCUGCGGGCCCGGGGUAAUGCGCCGCCGAUGAGCGUGUGGACGUCGGCGCAUCAGAUGGGCACGUGUCGCAUGAGCGCCGACCCGAGUCGGGGAGUGGUGGAUCCCCGUGGGGAGGUUUGGGGGUGUGAUGGGUUGUAUGUGGCGGACGCGAGUACGUUUCCUAGCGCGAGCGGGGUGAAUCCCAUGGUGACGAACAUGGCUAUUUCGGACUACAUUGCGUCGAAUGUGGUGGAGGAUCUGGGGCGGGUCUAG